AUGAGCACACGGACCGCGACGCUCGGCCGCUGGCUGUCCAGGCAGAGCAGCUCGCCGCCCAGGAUGCCCGUUUACUUCUUCAGCCACGGCGGGCCAGAUGUUCAGUACAACACCAAGCACCCGGUGUAUCCCGUCCUGCAGAACAUCGGAAAGGAAAUCACGCAACAGCUGAAGCCCAAGGCCGUCGUCGUCUUCUCGGCGCACUGGAUGGGCGACAAGGACACCAUCCUGGUCAACAAGGAAGAGCACGCCGACCUUGUUUUCGACUUCUAUGGCUUCCCCGACCACUUUUACAAGGCCCAGUAUCCCAACCAGGGGAGCCCCGAGCUGGCGAGCCACAUCAUGGUCAUGCUCUCCGAAGCGGGAAUCCAGUCUUCGGGCGUGACGCGAGGGCUGGACCACGGCGUGUGGUCCGGCUUCAGUGUCGCCUUUGAUCCACAGACCAACCCCCUCAACGUGCCCCUGGUGCAAGUCUCGCUCUUCAAAUCCGAGUCGCCCCGUGACCACUACGCCCUCGGCCGGGCCGUGGCCCGUCUUCGCCAGGAGGGCAUCGUCAUCAUCGGCGCCGGCAUGUCGGUCCACAAUCUGCGAGACAUGCAUUUCAUAUUCGAGGGCAACACGGACCCCCUGCCGUAUUCUGUCAGCUUCGACAAUGCCCUCAAGGACGCCGUCGAGGUCGACCCGUCUGUGCGAGAGGACAAGAUGGCCGAGGUGUGUAAGCGACCGGACGCGAGGCAGGCCCAUCCCUUCAUGGACCACUUGAUGCCCUUGUUCAUCGCCGCCGGAGCAGCACACGACGACCGGGGGCGGCAGACGUGGACCAUGCACGAGGGGAGCUUUGCGUGGGCGCAGUAUCGGUUCGGAGACCUGCCUUGA